AUGCCCCUGUCCUCUGUUCCAGCAGCCAUUCUGGCUCAUAUGAUGGCGAUAGAAAACGUGCCGCCUCCUCCGCUUCGCAGUUUACCGAGCUUGAAAAUGUCUAGGCACAUUGAUUAUGGUCAGUUGAACGCAUUAUGCCAGACGAGAGGACUACAAUACAACCAGAGCUACUGCAGUAUCCUGUCAUCUCACAAUUUCUUUAUAAAGCAGUAUCCUAAAAUAUUCCCACAGCAGAAGAUCAGACUGCCAAAACUCUUCAAGCAGGAGGUCAAUAGAAAACCUACUGAAGGCACAGAAGAAAGUCAAGCCCAACAGCCUGCUGAAGACUCUCACAAUGUAGCUGUCUACAUUAAAAAAGCACAUGGUGGCCAUACUUUAUAUGGACCAAAAAAAUCGGAAGAGAAUUUCGUAGAAUUCCUGGCUAUCUUAAAGAAAUUGCCUGUUCACAGGACACCGUCUGAACACAACACGGUGUGGAGGACGCUGAGAACGAUUCCCAAUUUAACGUCUCAGCUAAGUGAUGAGCAUCUGAAAAUACUUAGUAAGAAUAUCAUUUCCGAAACCUGGGUAAAAGGCAGCACAGUCAUUGCAAACGAUGGAUUUUAUAUAAUACUGAAAGGCCUAGCUAGACCUCAAACACGGGUAUAUAAAAGUCUGGUGGAAGAAAAUGAGUCAAAAGCCUCCUUCAUAGCUCAGAAUUACCACAGCUUUGUUUUUGAUGAAGACUUCAAAAACUCUCUCCUUGCUGGGCUGCGCAUACCUUCGUGUGACUCAAUGCUUGGACAAUGGAGCACCUUUGGUACCUUGGAAAUUAUAUCUCAGACUGAAUCCAUAGCAAAGUACGCAGUGGUGAUGGAAGAAGAUUGUGAAAUUCUUAGAAUUCCUGCAAAGGAUUGCACAAAGUUAAAACUGGAAGAAAAGAAACUGGAAAAUAAACAAAAAGUGAAAUUAAUUCGUCAGUGUCCAUAUUAUGAGGAGUGGCCUACUUUAUCCAUAUAUGAGCUAGUUGGACUCAUCAAAUGGAAAAAAUUUCCUCCAGGUCAUGUGAUAGUGGAAAGUGGAAGCAUAAUUUCUUUUGUGGCCUAUAUUAAUUCUGGAUAUUGUAACGUUUAUAGAAGUAUUGUAGGGCUUGUGAAACUACAAUCAAAAAGAGCAAAAAAAGUUCGAAAACUCGUUUAUAUGGGUCAACUUAAGGAGGAGGAGUCUUUUGGCGAGAUUAGCGUUCUUCUUCAACUCCCCGUCACGUGCACAAUAGUUACUGGGAAAGAGGUGGAGAUGGCAAUCAUUGAAGAUAAGGACAUAUUUGGUAAAUGCAUAAAUGUUUUUUAA